UUUCAAUUCUUGCAUUGUGUUUUUCACUUUAUGUUGCUUUUUUGGUUUGUGGGGUUUUUUAAAGAAUCAACAUUUCUUGAUUUUUUGAAGAAAAAAAAAAAAAGGUUGUUCAUAAAUAUCCAGAAAAGAAUCUUGAUUUUGUUUUUUUCACUAGUGGGUUCAUUUUCAUUUUUCAAAAAGAUUGAUUCUUUGUAUUGAAAUUUGACAUUUUGUUUGAAUAUUUUGGUGGGGUUUUCCUUUUUUGUGAGGUUUGGUUUGUGGGGUUUUGAAGAAUGAGCAUUUCUUGAUUUUUAUAUGAAGAGAAAUGGAAAAAAAGAAGAAGAUGGGUGAUUUGUGUUUCUUGAUUGAGUGACUCUUCUUUUCUGCUGUAAAUUAGAGAACGUGUAGUUACUCUUCCGGUUUAGAUGGCUGAUAGUUAUAUGCCUCAAGUUGAUGUUGCUUCUUUGAAAGAGACUCUAUGUGCUCAACAACAGCUUCUACAGAAGCUUUACGGUGAAUUGGAUGAGGAAAGAGAAGCCUCCUCCAGUGCAGCUAGUGAAGCGUUAUCGAUGAUCUUACGUCUCCAAGGAGAAAAAGCUGCAGUAAGAAUGGAAGCCGAGCAGUACAAGCGAUUGGCUGAGGAGAAAAUGUGUCAUGCUGAGGAAUCAUUAGCCAUUUUCGAGGAUCUUUUCUAUGGAAAGGAGAUGGAGAUAGCUGCAUUGGAGUAUCAGGUGCAAGCUUAUCGGUAUAAGCUGUUGAGCAUGGGCUGUGUAGAUCCCGGGGUCGGUGAAUUCAAAUAUCCUGAGAAUUUGUUGCAAAGAAACGAGAAUUUAGCAGGUGAAAUGAAUCUCCAAGCCCUUGGAAGGCGUAAUUCCGCCCCUCCUUUUCCCCUGAAAAUUCCAAAGAGGGGUGCUAUGGAAAUAGAUGAUUCAAGUUCGGAAAUAGAUUCAAAUUCGAAAACUGUGGAGGAAUAUACAGGGCAAGAGAUGAAUGAGCAGCAGUUGGAUACAGAGAAGAAGACAGAUAUUUCCAUUUCCACGACUGGAAGUAUCAAUUCGUAUUGGCAACAGAUUCGGAAGUUGGAUGAUCGAGUGAAAGAUAUUACAGGAGUUAGCUAUGCGAACUUCAGGAGUGAAACGAGGUCUCCUUCACCGCUUUCUCAAAGAAGCAUUAAGAUAAGCAAAUCGGAAAAUGAAUGGUACCAGCCGCCUAAUCUUCACGUGAGCAAAUCAGAAAAUGACACACCUGCUGAUUCUGGUUGUUCUCCGAAUGUUCUUGAUGUCUUCGAAGUGCCUCGAGCAGAUAAGGAUACCAUUGAUAUCGGAUUGCCUCCUAAACAUGAUCGCAAGAUGGUUUCACAUAACGAUGAAAGGCUCGAGAGACCUGAUUCUGCUCAACAAGAGGCUGUAAAAUCAUCGGUUAGAGAUGAAGCUGAUUUGCUAAAGAAGUAUUUUGUAUCUGCACAGAGAGAGAACAAGCUACGAAGAGCAAGUGAAGCUGCUGCUAUUACCUGCCAUUUGGCAAUAUCUCGCCCAACAACCAGCAUUUCCGAGACUAGCGAGUCUCAUCAGCCCAAUCGAACAUCUGAGAUAGUUGAAGUUGGAAGAGAAGCGUCAAGAUAUGAAAUGGCUCGAGAUGAAGAGCUGAAGUUGUUACACGACAUUAAAGAGCAACUAAAUUUAAUGCACUCCGAAAUCCAAAGUUUGAAAAGCGACAAACUCCCUCCAAGUGACGACGAACCAUCCUUACUUCUUCUAUCAGAGGCAAUGACUCACUUUUGGCUCUGAUCGAUCUAUCAAAAGCUCGAGCACCAGCAGUCAUCUGGAAUACCCGCGUCCGUUACAUAAUCAAGAUGCUCCCCUUCUGUGACUUCUGAAUAGCGUAAGAGUUGUUUUUGGCUUUAUUGUGUGGUUGCAGAGAUAUUCAAUACAUUUGUAAAUUGAUCGCGUAGAGUAUACCAUAUAACCUUCAUCACAUCAACUUAGUUGCAUCAAGAAGAGGAAUGUUUUCACAUUUGUUAACAUUUUGACAACAGUUUUUUGUUUUGACGUCUGAAACAGUCUCUCUAUCCCGCAAAGGUAGAGGUAAAGUCUGUGUACAUCCUCCCCUCCCCAGACUCCCGCUCAUUGGUGUAAGUUCAUUUGUGAUUUGUGAGUGGUGCUACCACAUUUUGUUUAUUUCUUAAUUGUGUUAUGUUAACUGAGGGAGUAUUUCUUUUAUUUGUAUAGAUAGAUACCUGGACUUCAAGAAUGUUAUUUCAUAUUUCAAUAAUAAAAAUGGGGAAAAGCUCAAAUAUUUGAGAAAAA